AAAAGAUACACGGCUGGUCACACUGCUUUUGUUUUUUUCGCCAUUUCUAAGCGCAUGUGGAUAUAGCGUCGUCAGUGAAUUUUCUUGGACUCAAUUUAAAUUAUUUUACAGCUUUAUUGAUAUUUUAACCCAGGAUCAACUUAUAACUUCAACAUGCCGAGAAUAAUGAUCAAGGGUGGUGUGUGGCGCAACACGGAGGAUGAGAUUCUUAAAGCUGCUGUGAUGAAAUAUGGGAAAAACCAGUGGAGCCGCAUUGCAUCAUUGCUUCACAGAAAAUCCGCAAAGCAGUGCAAAGCCCGCUGGUACGAAUGGCUGGACCCGAGCAUCAAAAAGACGGAGUGGUCGCGCGAGGAGGACGAGAAACUGCUCCAUUUGGCAAAAUUGAUGCCCACACAGUGGCGCACCAUCGCCCCGAUCAUUGGACGCACGGCCGCCCAGUGUCUUGAACGCUACGAACACUUACUGGACCAAGCCCAACGCAAAGAAGAUGGUGAAGAUGCAAUGGACGACCCGCGAAAACUUAAGCCGGGAGAAAUAGAUCCCAACCCGGAGACAAAACCAGCUCGACCCGAUCCCAAAGACAUGGACGAGGACGAGUUAGAAAUGCUUUCAGAAGCAAGAGCCCGCCUAGCUAACACCCAAGGCAAGAAAGCUAAGCGAAAAGCACGUGAAAAGCAGCUGGAGGAAGCGCGCCGUCUGGCGACUCUUCAAAAAAGGCGGGAAUUGCGUGCAGCGGGAAUCGGUAGUGGAAAUCGCAAGCGCAUAAAAGGAAUCGAUUACAAUGCCGAAAUACCCUUUGAAAAGCGUCCCGCACUCGGGUUCUAUGACACUUCUGAAGAACACUUACAAAAGAACGAACCAGACUUCAACAAAAUGAGGCAACAAGAUUUGGAUGGUGAAUUGCGAUCCGAAAAAGAGGAGCGGGAGCGAAAACGCGACAAACAAAAACUUAAACAGCGCAAGGAAAACGAAGUGCCGGCAGCCAUGCUACAAAACAUGGAGCCGGAGCGAAAGCGCUCGAAGUUAGUUUUACCAACGCCGCAGAUUUCAGAUUUAGAACUGCAGCAAGUCGUGAAGCUGGGUCGUGCCAGCGAAAUGGCCAAGGAAAUAGCCGGCGAGAGUGGCAUUGAGAUGACAGAUGCUUUGUUAGCAGAUUACUCUAUUACUCCACAGGUGUCAGCUACUCCGCGGACGCCAGCUCCAUAUACAGAUCGCAUUAUGCAAGAGGCCCAAAACAUGAUGGCCCUCACGCACACAGAGACACCAUUAAAGGGAGGCUUAAACACACCUCUUCACGAGUCUGAUUUCUCUGGUAUUUUGCCAAAAGGUGCUUCAAUUGCUACACCAAACACAGUCAUUGCUACGCCAUUUAGAACGCAACGGGAAGGUGGAGCUGGAGUCACUCCUGGCGGUUUUCUCACUCCAAGUACUGGAGCUCUCGUUUCUGUGAAAGAGGGCUCUGGAGUGGCUGGAACAAAUACGCCCACUUUUGUAAGGGAUAAACUCAGUAUUAACCCGGAAGAUAGUAUGGGAGUGACCGAAACUCCAGCCGUGUACAAGAACUAUCAAAAGCAGCUAAAAUCUACUUUACGAGAAGGUCUUUCCACUUUGCCCGCUCCCAGAAACGACUACGAAAUUGUUGUGCCGGAACAAGAAGACACUGAGCCCACAGAGGCGAGUUCAGAGCCCGCUAUAGAGGAUCAAGCGGAUGUUGACGCAAGAAUCUUGGCUGAUCAGGAAGCACGAAGAAAAAGUGAGCUCGAGAAACGGUCUCUAGUUAUCCAACGCAAUUUACCCCGCCCAACAGAAGUCAACACGAAGAUCCUGCGACCACAAUCUGAGAAACAAAACCUUUCAGAGCAGCAGCAGGCAGAAGAACUAAUAAAGCAUGAAAUGAUAACCAUGCAGCUUUACGACUCUGUAAAGGAUCCUGUUCCCGGACAAUCACAACAAAAACUGGAGCAGCUUCAGAGCUACUUUAAAGCAAAUCCUUACGAGGAAAUCACACAAGCAGAACUGGCGAUAGCCAAGCAGAUGUUGGUUGAUGAGAUGGAUGUCGUAAAAGAGCGGAUGGGCCACGGAGAACUUCCCCUAGAUGUGUACGCACAGGUUUGGCAGGAAUGUUUGGGCCAAGUGCUUUACUUGCCUUCGCAGCAUCGCUAUACUCGUGCCAACCUGGCCAGCAAGAAGGACCGACUAGAAUCGGCGGAGAAAAGGUUGGAGCAAAACCGGCGGCACAUGGCAAAAGAGGCCAAGCGCUGUGGAAAGAUCGAGAAAAAGCUUAAAAUCCUAACCGGCGGUUACCAAGCACGUGCUCAGGUACUCACUAAGCAAUUACAGGACACUUACGCCCAGAUCGAGCAAAAUUCGGUUUCCCUGUCGACGUUCCGCUUUUUGGGCGGACAAGAAGCCAUUGCUGUGCCGCGCCGUCUUGAGUCACUGCAGGAAGAUGUGCGCCGCCAGAUGGACAGGGAGAAGGAGUUGCAAAAAAAGUACUCUAGUCUAGUAGAAGAAAGCGAUACUCUUUAUACACAAAUAGAGAAGAUGACUGGAGUACGGCCAACUCCGAUUCUUUCCGAACAAGCAGUAUAACUCUGUUAACAAUCGUCAACCCUUGUCACUUAUAAUUUAGUCUAUAUUCAAUAUAUAAUAUUAUUCCAAAUA